UCUAUCCAGAUGUGACGUAUUAUUUAUAUCUAAUCCCAGAAGACGGCUGUCAUGGAGUUCUCUGCGGAUCUUCCGCGUCUCUUCCGCCUCGCUUCUCUCUUCUGUCUGACACUACUGAUAGUCAAGGUCCUCCAGAUGUUCCAGAGGAGGAGGAGCCUGCUGAGGGCCCUGGAGGCCUUUCCGGGGCCCCCAACCCACUGGCUGUAUGGACACAGCAAGGAGUUCCUCCAUGAUCGGAGUCUCAUGCAGAGAAUGAUAGAAUGGUCUCUUCAGUUCCCGUACGCCACGCCCAUCUGGUUUGGGAAUUUGGUUGUGUAUCUGAACAUCACUCACCCGGAGUACGCCCGCACCUUACUCAACCGGACAGAUCCCAAGGAUAACAUCGCCUAUCGAUACUUCGUUCCUUGGAUUGGCCGCGGUCUCCUGGUCUUGUCUGGACAGAAAUGGUUCCACCAUCGGAAGCUGCUGACCCCCGCCUUCCAUUACGACGUCCUGAAGCCGUACAUCCAGCUCAUGUCAGACUCCACCCAUAUCAUGCUGAACCGCUUCCAGAAAGAGGUGACCAGAGGGACAUCAGUGGAUAUCUACCCCUAUGUCAGCGCUAUGACACUGGACACCAUCAUGAAAUGUGCCUUCAGCUGCAAUAACAACUGCCAGACAGACAGAGAUAAUCCGUACACUCAGGCAGUCCUGGCACUCACUUACCUGGUGAACGAGAGGCUCUGCUAUUUCCCGUAUCACAGCGACCUGAUCUUUAAUCUCAGCAAAGACGGACAACGUUUUCACAAGGCUUCUAAGAUCGCCCAUCAGUUCACAGACACGGUGAUAAAACAAAGAAAAGAAAGUCUCCAGAAGGAGGAGGAACUGGAAAAGAUUCAGCAGAAGAGACACCUGGAUUUCCUGGACAUCCUUCUCUGCGCUCGUGAUGAGAAUGGUCAGGGUCUGUCCGAUGAGGACCUCCGAGCUGAAGUUGACACGUUCAUGUUUGAAGGACACGACACAACAGCUAGUGGCAUCUCCUGGAUCUUGUACUGUAUGGCCCAAUAUCCAGAACACCAGCAGAAGUGCCGGGAGGAGAUCCGGGAGGUCCUGGGGGAUCGAGACACCAUGGGAUGGGAGGACCUGAAUCAGCUUCAUUACACCACCCUGUGCAUUAAGGAGAGUUUACGCCUCUGUCCUCCGGUACCGCUCCUGGCCAGGCAACUCAGCAAGCCAAUCACAUUCUGCGAUGGACGUUCAGUGCCAGAAGGCUGCCUGGUGUCGGUAUGUGUGGCCGGGAUCCACAUCAACCCCGAAUUCUGGCCGGAUCCAGAGGUGUUUGAUCCAUCGAGGUUCUCCCCAGAGAAUUCACGACACAGACACUCCCACGCUUACCUCCCCUUCUCUGCCGGAGCCAGGAAUUGUAUCGGUCAGACCUUCGCUAUGAAUGAGAUGAAAGUCGCCGUGGCGUUGACUCUGAAGACCUUUGAGGUGACACCAGAUCCCGACAAGGUCCCCAUCAAAGAGGCCGUUCUGGUGCUGAAGUCUAAGAAUGGAAUCCAUCUCCAACUACACCAACUUCGCGACUGAGACUGCGAUCAGAACGGCGAGGAAUCGGAACUCUGCGUUUUUUGUAUUCGGGCUUCCUUAUAUCUCAUGUGCUGACAUACGUGAUAUCUUCUGAUCAGGAAAGGAUGGACGUUGCUAUAUAUUCAGUGCUUUUCUAUGAUUAUUAUAUACACAAACCUCCUACCGCAGCCAAUCACAAGUCAGUCCCUGAUCAUUCUUCAGUCCAUAGAAAUCUGAUUGGUUGCUCUGGGUGAUUCGCACUCUCGUAUGUUUAUAAACUACACUAUAUCACCAAAAGUAUUGGGACGCCUGCCUUUACACGCACAUGAACUUUAAUGACCUCCCAGUCUUAG